CUCAACCCCGGCAUCCAUCCCAGCAGAGGAGCGGCGGCAGCAUCUGGAGCGGAGGAUGCACUGGGGUCUCCCAGCAGGCCUGUGAAGAUGAGUGUGACCUCGUGGUUCCUGGUGAGCAGCUCGGGGACUCGACACCGCCUCCCCAGAGAGAUGAUCUUUGUGGGCCGAGAGGACUGUGAGCUCAUGCUGCAGUCCCGCAGUGUGGACAAACAGCAUGCCGUCAUCAACUACAACCCGACUACAGACCAACACCUGGUCAAAGACCUGGGCAGCCUCAACGGGACGUUUGUGAACGACCUGAGGAUUCCUGAUCAGACCUACAUCACCCUCAAACUGUCCGACAUCAUCCGCUUCGGAUACGAUAUCCUCCUGUGUUCUGGUUCAUAG